UUAAAAACCUCUCUCAACUCACACACCCAAACCGGUCACCACCGCCCGCCGCCGCCGCUCUCCGCCGGUCGCCGCCGCCCGCCGCCGGCCACCACCGCCGAGACCCGGCUCACAUUCGCGUAUCUCUCGCUCGUGUAACUAGCAUUCGAUCGUUGAACCUCGGUGUCUCAACCGGUUAUUUACUAACCGAAGAUGUCAUCUGAAAACAACUCCUCUUUUGCUCUCAAGUCCAUACUUGAGAAAGACAAGCUGAAUAACACCAAUUUUCUUGAGUGGCACCGCAACUUGAGAAUCGUUCUCAAGAUGGCAAAAAGGCUUUAUGUUUUGGAAACCCCGAUCCCAACCGCACCCGAAAACAACACUGUGGUUGCGAAGAAGGCUUUCGACAAACAUAAAGAAGAUGCCAUGGAAGUUGCUUGCCUCAUGCAAGCCACCAUGUCUCCAGAUCUUCAGAAGAAUAUGGAAGACAUGAAUGCCUUCGACAUGAUUGAACAACUCAAGGGCAUGUUUCAGAAACAAGCCCGUCAGGAACGCUAUGACACCAUGAAACAGCUCAUAAGCUGUAAAAUGCAAGAGGGUUCCUCAGUUAGUGCUCAUGUCCUCAAGAUGAAAGGCUACAUCGACCAACUAAACAAACUUGGUUAUCCUCUCCAAGAUGAGAUGUCACUAUGA